GUGUUUGUGGCUUUCCUGCAAAGUUGAAAGCUAAUUUAAUCUUCUGUUUUUUUCGUGCCCUUUUGGCUUCUGAAUUUUGUUAAUCUGCAAAAAGGUGACACCUUCCCUGUUUUAUAAACAUAAUGAUAUCUUUUUUACUCGUCCUCCAUGUCCUGAUGCUCUCUCACAACUCAUCACUCGUUCUAUAUUCACUUUAACAUCUAAACUUUUUAGUUUAUACUCUUUAAAUCUGUCAAUCUGUCAAUCUGUGUUUUAAUUCUUUAUGAAUGUUGUCCAAUUUCACUUUCUGAGAUAUGCAGUUCAAAUGAUUAAUAAACAAUUCACUUUUCAUUUCAAUGCAAGUGUUCAUAUAUAUAUAUCUCUGGUAUUCUGGUAAUUUAUAUUAUAAAUAGGGAUGCACCGAUACAAAAUUUGUGUGCCGAUAACAAAAUCAGAGUACUGAUUAUAUGCAUAUAUGCUAUUAAUAAUUUGGUGGUUCUGCUUUUUUUAUGCUACCUGGUUUCAAAUCAUUGAUAAUUACACAACUUCAAAAGAAAGUUAAAUAAAACUUUAUUCUCUCUGUCUCUAUGUCUUCCAUGUUUCAAAGUAACUAGUCUCAGUGAUAAACAAAACACUGAAACAAAAAUCACAUUGACAACAUUUACAUCCACUUAAAACCCAUUAUUCUAGGGUUUUUGCAAGACGUGACAUUCUGAAAUGUCAUGUAAAUGAGAACGAGAAAAGUCUCCGCUUUAGCUUUAACAAAUGAUAUUCCUUGCUUGGUUGAACUUUAAGGUAAGUAAUCAAAUUAGCUAAAAGUCUUAAGUUUUAACGUUAGUUCCAACUGGUAACAUUCUAGCAGAGCAAUGAAUACAAAUUGCACCUUUGCUGUUUUUGUCACCCAAUUCAAAGUAAUUCAACACAUUUUCUUGUACACACACACACACUGUGAGUUGUAGGCUAGUUGUCUGACAUGUUUUUCCACCCCCUUUUCGACAGGAAAUAAUUGCCCCAAUCAUCAUCUGUUUUUAAACAAUCACCCGAUAUCCGAUUAUAAUUCAGAUAACUGCAUUUAUCAGGCAGUACCAAUGCUUGGCAAAUACAUUGGUGCAUAUCUGAGUGGCUUGAAGACUUGAUGACUUUACCUCCACUUGCCAUCUGAAUGUACCAAAAAAAUAAAUAAAUUGAGCAUGAUAUGAUAAGUCUAAGUGGUCGUAAAAAAAAAAAAAAUAAGCGACACCUUUUAUCUUCGUGGUCAAAAUUGGCCGACUAUUGAAAAUGAAUGGGAAAGACCAUAACACAGCAUUUUUUUAUCUGUAAAAUAUAAUCAAUAAAUAAACCACAAUGCAGAAUAAACACACACAAAAAUAUAAGGGUGAGACUAUAAAACAAUCAUAGUGCAAAACAUACACACUCACUCUCUCACACGAACUGGUGAUGUCACAGAGAUAGUCCGGCGAGUGAAGGUUUUUACAACCCAACUGCAGAGACUUCUUUAUUGAAAAUAAUCCAGAGCAAGAGGAACCACAAAAGAAACAAGACUAAGACUCAAACUUAACUCAAUACAAUUAACAAUGCAAGACAAGACACGGAGAACAUCACACACACACACACACACACACACACACCUUAGGAAUGGGAAAUGAACUAAGACAAGGCAAUAACAGGAAAAUCAAUUUUAAAAAUGACCCCUACUGGCCGCUAGGAGACGUUAUACGUGACAGAGUCCCCCCUUUAAUGGGCGGCUCCUGAUGCCCAACACUAAAACAAAACGAGAAUGGGUCUGACGGUUUGGGUGGUGGCUCCAGAAAGGGGGUGGGGUCUGGAGGCCCUGGAGAAGGCCUGGGCUUUGGAACAGGGCCUGACAAGGCAGAGGGGUAUGUUGGAAUCUCAGGAAGCGGGGCCGCUGGCGUCUCAGGAGGUGGAGCCUCAGGAGGAGGAUCAGUAUGCGGCUUAGGAGGUAGAGCAGACGGAGUCGCAGGAGGCGGAGACUUGGGGAUGGAGUCUAAGGAGGGGGGCCACAGACGGCUCAGGAGACAGAGCCGCAGGAGUCUCAGGGAAUGGAGUCGCAGGAGGCGGAGUCACAGGAGGCUCAGGAGAGGAGCAGGCAGAGCUGCAGCUUUGUCAGGAGACUGAGUGGGUUGAGCCGCAGUAGGAGUUUAGGAGAAGGAGCCACGGGAGACUUUAGGGGUGGAGCCACGGAGGGCAGAGCCACAGAAGGCCACAGAAGACCACAGAAGAAACAAGACUAAGACUAACUGUAACUCAAUAAACAAUGCAAGACAAAAGACAGGGAGAACACGAGGGCUAUAUAUACACAGAACUAAAUGGCACAAACUAGAAACACCUGUAACAAUUAGGAAGGGAAAAUGAACUAAGACAAGGCAAUUACAGGGAAAUUCAAUUUAAAAAUUGAAGUCCAGCCCUCUAGCGACCCCUACUAGCCGCUAGGGGAAGUUACACGUGACAGGUGAGACUAUAAAAUAGAGUAUUUUUUUUUUUAUAAUAAAAUCAGUCACAAUGCAGAACACACACACAAACACACACACACACAGAAAUAAAUGGGUGAAACUAGCACAGCCAGAAGGGAGAAUGCAGAACACACACACUCAUGCACACACAGAGAACAAAGAUCAAAGAACAAUUUCUGAGUGACCCCAAGGUACGAAAGUAUACAGGACCUUUUCCACUGUGGGAAAGUUUACCCUUAGAUGCAGGUGCCUCACCUUCCAGACAAAACACUGCAUCUUUCUGUUAUGGAAACAAAGACAUUUUACCACAGCUCUAAGUUAUAAAUGUGACCUCGUCGAGCCUUGCUCACAGUUUAUUCUAUAGCAGAACAGUGGCAAAACGCUUUAAUGUUCAGGUGACCCUGCAGCCAUCUACUGUCUAUUAUUGUCACAACAUGAUUUUCAAGUCAUAUUAUUUAUAUUUUGUUCACCAGAUGGCAGUAAUCUACCUCCAAAAUAUGUCACAUUCUCAUAUUUUCUACAUGUUUCAACUUCUAGAAGUGUAGGUUUUUACUUUACUAAAGUUUCAUAAAGUUGCAUAUCUGCAGAUGUAAAUUAAUGGUAAAAUUGAGAAAUUUACAUGUAAAUAAGAAAAAAAAAAAAAAACAUAAAAUCCCCAAAAGAAGUGCAUAAUUGUAUUGUUAUUACUUCAGGGAAGAAGAAAUGAUCAUUUUCAUCAUCAUCAUCAAAAGAAAAAAAAAUAUAUAUACACCUUUGCUCUUUCCGUUCAAAAAUGACAAAAGGUCAAAAGGGCAGUAGAAUGGACGAACAGAGGUGCACACUACCACCUCCCCUCAAAACGGAGGAAGACUACAUUCCAUAUCCUGGCGUACAUGAGGUAUUGGGUCGUACAGGCCCUUUCCCUCUCAUUCUGCUGCCCCAGUUUGGGGGCUACUGGAUUGAAGGGACUAAUCAUGAUUUAAGCUCCUCCUCUACACCAGAGGAACCGCCCAUCUGCCCCGCAACACAGGUCAAACUAGAGACAAACAGCAUAGCAAAGAUCUACAGGAAACACUUCCUGGGAAAGGAGCACUUUAAUUAUUACUCAGUGGACAGCGCUCUGGGCCACCUGGUCUUCUCUGUGAAGUAUGAUGUGAUUGGAGACCAGGAGCACCUUCGACUGUUGCUUAGGUCAAAGUUUAAAACAUGCCAUGAUGUGAUACCGAUUUCCUGUCUGACAGAGUUCCCCAAUGUUGUCCAGAUGGCCAAGCUUGUCUGUGAAGAGGUGAAUGUGGACAGAUUUUAUCCAGUCUUAUACCCAAAGGCGUCCAGACUCAUUGUGACCUUUGAUGAGCACGUCAUCAGCAACAACUUCAAGUUUGGAGUCAUCUACCAGAAAUUUGCCCAGACAACAGAAGAGGAGCUUUUUGGGAACAAUGAGGAAAGUCCAGCCUUUGUUGAGUUUCUGGAGUUCUUGGGACAGAAGAUUGAACUUCAUGAUUUUAAAGGGUUUCGUGGUGGCUUGGAUGUGACACACGGCCAGACAGGAACUGAGUCAGUCUACCACAACUUCCACAACAAAGAGAUCAUGUUCCAUGUGGCCACUAAACUGCCGUACACCGAAGGAGAUUCCCAGCAGCUCCAGAGGAAGAGGCAUAUAGGAAAUGACAUUGUGGCUAUAGUGUUCCAAGAAGAAAACACACCAUUUGUGCCAGAUAUGAUUGCAUCAAACUUCCUACACGCUUAUGUGGUCGUGCAAGUGGAAAAUGCCUGCACAGAUAAUGUCCUCUACAAGGUAUCUGUUACUGCAAGAGAUGAUGUGCCUUUCUUUGGACCUGCCCUUCCAGACCCAGCUAUCUUCAAGAAGAGUCCGGAGUUUCACGAGUUCCUCUUGACCAAACUGAUCAACGCUGAAUAUUCCUGCUAUAAAGCGGAGAAGUUUGCCAAGCUGGAGGAGAGAACACGUUCUGCUCUGAUGGAGACAUUGUAUGAGGAGCUUUACGUGAACAGUCAGUCCAUGAUGGGUCUGGGAGGAGAGGACGACAAACUGGAGAACGGAGGAGGAGGGGGAGGCGGCUUCUUUGAGUCUUUCAAGCGAGUAAUCCGCAGCAGAAGUCAGUCUAUGGAUGCUAUGGGCCUCAGUAAUAAGAAACCACACACUGUCUCCACAAGCCACAGUGGAAGCUUUACACACAACCCUCCAGACACCCCCAAAACAACCGGCAUUUCCUUGAUCAUUCCUGGAAAAAGCCCAACCCGUAAGAAAUCUGGUCCGUUCAGUUCCAGGAGGAGUAGUGCCAUUGGGAUUGAGAACAUACAAGAGGUUCAGGAGAGGAGCAGUAGAGAGGUUUCUCCUAGUCCACAGAGGGCAUCUGACAUUGGACACAUUGCUCAGGACCUCAGAUCAGACAAUUCAUCCAAUCAGAGCUCACCAGAGAUGCCAACCACUAAGAUUAGUUCCGGCAUGUGCUGUCGAGCUCCUUCUAUCCCAGAGUCACAUGACCUGUCUCGCUCCUCAUCCAAUGCCAGCAGCUUCACCAGCGUGGUGGAGGAGAACGAACAGGAGCAUGACGCAGCCGAGGAGUACGACACCGGACUGGAGAGUCUGUCUUCGGCUGGUACGCCACAUAAGCGAGAUUUGUUCACGUGCAGCGCCGUUUGGUUUGAAGACAGCUCUGGUAGUGCUAGUCGGAGCAGUCCACACGGUCCCUUUCGGCAGCACUCUGAACCUUUACGUCCCAAAACAGAGAGACAAGACUCGAAUUGCUAGCUGUCCUGUACGAUGUAGAUGGCUUCAUGGAUGUCCAUCAGCAGCAUUUUCAUACACAGCCCUCCGUCGUGGAAAGCCAGUGUACUCACAUGAGUUCCUCUAGAGACACAGAUGUGAAGGAGAGCUAAUUGCUAGAUGUUACAGCAAAGCAGGCUGUACAGUCGGGCAAGUGUGCAUUAGAAAAUCAGCACACUCUUGUUAGGACACACAGGCAAAAUAGCAAACGCCGAGCACAUCUUGUGUUUUGUGAAAGCAUCAAGAAGGGACAAAUUCACACUUGUUUUGAAUUCACUCCUUUUAACUGGAAAAGCAUGAUUAUUGCCUUAUCAGAGGUCUUUCUUUCUUUUCUUUUCUUUCUCUUGAUGGUUGUCCAUAUUCUGUCUGCUUGUUUGUUGUUUUUUAGUUUUCAUAUUUAGUUAUUUAUUUAUUUAUUGUGGCUUGCUAUUGGAGUAGAAAUUUUAGUAACAGAAGAGGUACACUGCAAAAAAUUCUUAAUCAGUAUUUUAGCACACUUUAUGAUAAUGUGGUAUUCGUUAACGACGUUAGUGAACAUGAACUAACAAUGAACAAUACUUUUACACCACUAAAUAAUCUUGGUUAAUGUCAAUGUCAUCAUAUACUAGUACAGUUUUAACAUUUAAAGGGUAUCACUUUACAAAAAAGACUGUAUUCGUUAGCAUUAGUUAACUACAUUAGUUAACAUAAACUAACAAUAAACGAUAUAUUUUUACAGCAUUUAUUUAUCAGUUAAUUUUAGCAUAUACUAAUACAUUUACAAAAAUAAAAGUAAUAUGGUAACAUUAGUUAAUGCAUUAUUAACUAACUAAUUGACAACUAACAAACAAUUUGAUAUUCAUAAAUUAACAUUCACGAAGAAUAAUAUACAGUAUAUUGUUAAAAAUAUUGCUCAUUGUUAGUUCAUGAUUCCUAAUGCAUUUUCAAGUUUUAACAAACACAAACUUAUUUUAAAGUUUUACUAUUAUGUUGCAUAUGUUAACACUAAUUAAUGCACUAUGAAGUAACUUGAACUAACAAUGAACAAUUGUAAAUGUACAAAAUAAUAUCAACCAAGGUUUAUAAAUAAAAAAAAAAAAAAAAAACAAUGCUUGUGUAAGAUAUCAAGACUUCUUUUCGAGAAUAUAUCUUGAAUUAAAUAUUUUUGGUAAAUAGGUUUUCUUGUUUUAAACCUAACUACAUUUUUUUAGAUUUAUGUAAAAUAAUAAUAAUAAUAAUAAUAAUAAAAACUAUUUGCCAGUGAGGUAAGAAAUUAAAAAAUUAAAUCUUAAUAUUGUGCAAUUUUGGUUCUGAAGUAAAGUGUUUAAGGAUGUUCAGACUUUUUUGACUGGAAAAUAAGAAAAAAGUACUGUUUAAGAAAAUUAUUUAUUGCGGUGUAAGCGGUCAUGAGAUGUCUACAUCUUUCAAAAUAAUAAAUAACAACUAAGGUUCAACCUAAACUCAUGCUUGAAACACUCAAACAUGUGAACCCACACAACACUGUAAUACACAUCUGACUGUGUGUAGUUUUGUUUUUGUACUUGUUUUGGUUAUGUCUUGUGUUGUUAUCUGUCAGUAAUGAAUAAUGAUGUUGGAAAUCAAUAUUGUUAAUAUUAAGUGUCGUCUGUAGUUGACUUGAUCUUGUUUCUGGUGUGAAGAUUCAGCCAAGCCAUUUCAAAUCCUGUCCAAUGUACAAUGACGGCAUUAGAAUUUAUGACAAAAUGAAUAGGUCAGGUGUGAGAUUAUGUACAAUUUUGUAAUAUUAUUUAUUAAGAGUAAGCUAAUAUUUUCCUGAUCUGGAUAUUUUAUAUGACCACAGCUUGACUGUUUGCUGUGGUAAAACUGACAACUAUGUGAAACAUCCACUAAUGUUCUGUAGUAGCUUCCAAUUGUAGUUUAGUGUUUUAAGGUAAGUCAAAUGAACAAAGCUAGCUGUGCAAAUGUAUCUUGGGAGUCCAUUCAACAUCUUAUAUAAGCUGUACUGAAGGUUUUUUCUUUUUUUCUUACAAUGGCAACAGUGAGCAAUAUGAAUGUAAAACAAAUACAUACACAGGGUUCCCACACCUUUUGACCAAUGAAUUCCCAUACUUUGCAAGUUGUUCAUGGUCAUUAGAAAAGGGUGUCCAUUUUUAUUUGUUGCGUCAUUGGAAUUUAAUACAUUUAAACGAUUACACAUAAUUAUAGUGCAUAUGAUCAUGGAAAUGGGUGUAAAACACUAGGUCACAAUUUACUGAAGAGAUGCUCAAUAUUAACCAACAAUGGUUUGAUUUGCUUGUGCUCUUUUCAAACAUACACAUUUGAAUCUAUUUCAUUCAUAUAGCUUUUUAUGUAAAAACAAAACCCUUUUCAGAACUGUGAUCAACAUUUUUUUGUUGUUAAGUUUUUACAUUUAAUUGUACUGUGGUUUUACCAUGGUACAGUAAUGGUAUCAAAUGGUAAUACCAUAGUGAUAUGCUAUGAUAUUUGCAUGGUACUUCUAAGAAUACUAUGGUACUGUCAUCAUGUUAAUGUCCAAAAAUGUGUUAUUGCUAUGGUACUUUUAAGAGCAAUGUCCCAUAUCUUUGAUGAAGAGGUACAUUACAACUAAACUAAGUUCACAGGAAGCUUUUGCUUAAAAUACUGCUACUCAACAGACAUUUGGGUCUGUGAGGGGAUUUUACCUAUAAAACUGUUUGUUCAGAAAAGAAAAUGAAAGAAAAACAAGGAUAUAUAUCUGCUGAUAUAUUGAACUGUACAUACUUCAUUUGCACACGCUUUGACAUUUAAUCACAAACUCAUUCCAAACACAGCACCAAAUGCUUAAUGUGAUUGUUCUCUUUUAUAACAAGAGCUUAAGGUACUCUUAUGAAAUGCUUCAAUGUAAAUAAAACAAAAAAUAAAAUAAA